AUGGCGAAUGGUGCAGCAGCUCUACCUGGCUUGGCCUUUCCGAAAGAGACCUUCGCCAAGCUCACGCCAGCACCAUUCUUGCAAGCACAUCUUCAACAAGCUCAAUCUAUCCGACCCAACGGACGAGCACUGGAGGAAUCAAGAGACCCUGUCAUAAACACGGGAUCUUUAAGUCACUGCAAUGGUAGUGCCGUCGCAAGACUUGGCGAUACUGCUAUUGUUUGUGGCGUUAGGGCCGAGCUUCUCCUCGCUUCUUCUGUUGCAAGCCCACCGAAUGAGGACACCACUGAGGACGAAGCCAUCGAGGAAUUGGGUCUACUUGUUCCAAACUGCGAGCUUAGCACCGGCUGCUCUCCCGAUCACCUUCCUGGCAGUCCGCCUGGCAGCCUAGCACAAUCACUUUCCUAUCGAAUCUCAUCAUUGCUCUACAGUUCAAGGCUCAUUCAGCCAAGCGAUUUAUACGUCGAAUACGUCUUGCCGCGGACAGGUGACGACAUACCAGAUCAAGGACCGGCGACCGUGAUAAAAGCAUACUGGACCCUCUACAUUGACAUCCUAUGCAUAGCACUUGAUGGCAACGCUUUCGAUGCUGCUUGGACUGCGGUAAUAGCAGCGUUGAAGAACUGCAAGCUGCCCAAAGCUUGGUGGGAUCAAGACCGGGAAAUGGUGCUUUGCUCGCCUGUUGCAAAAGAUGCCCAUGGACUUAGCUUGCGUAGCGUUCCAGUGCCGACCACGUUCGCCCUAUUCAGCACUUUGUCCCCACUGAAGCAACGCAGCAUAGCAGAGUAUUGGUUGCUUGCAGACCCUGAUAACUUUGAGGAAGGUCUCUGCACCGAGAUAAUCACGCUUACACUGUCGAAGAAGCGAGGUGGUGGUAUGAUUGGAAAGACUGCCUUGGCACAGAUUCUGGAUCUCUCCAAGGAGCGAACUACGCGAUGGCGAGCAGCAUUGAAGCUUGGCUGA